UUACACUGUAACAUAUGGAUUACAUCAGACAGAGAUCGAGAUAAAAUGAAGGUUUUAAGUUCUUACCAGCUUUUUUCUUCUUCAUGUUUUCAUUUUUGGGGUCUGAAAAUGAUUGAAGGUGGAGUCAGUACCAGCUGGCUGUUUUUCAAGAUAGCAGUUUUACUUUGCUUUGGUGCUCACGGCUUCAAUGCUUCAGCCACUAAUCCAAUCGUAACGAUAAGCCCAAAGGAGAUUAUUUUAGGCUUCACUAAAGACCUUAGCGUAGACUGUUCAUUUAGGCAAGGAUCCGUUCCAUCUGUUUCUAGUCUCAUCUCGUUGGUACUCACACACAGGAGAAAAAAUGGUCACGGUUACCAGCAUCAGGUGUCCGUAAGUAGCAGUGGAGGUCUUCUGAAUAGCAACUUCUUGCAAGGAACAUCUUCUGGUAUAAUAAACAACAGAGGUAUUUCUUAUGUCAAAGUCAUCUGGAAAAAUCCUAGGCAUGACAGUGCCGGAGUUUACAAAUGUGAUGCCCAUGGAAUUGACACUUUAGGUAGACCUGUAACUUUCUCAACUAACUCUUCAGUGGAAACAUCUACACCAAGCAUUGAUAUGGUAAUAUUAGAAGUGAGACUUAUCAAAGAUUUACUGGAAGAUCUGCAGCUGAAAUUAAACAACUCUGAAAGCAGUUUUAAUGGACAAAUUAAAUUAAUUGUAUCCAAUGUAAGUCAGCUACAGUCGCAAACAUCUAAUUCAGCAAACCAACUUCUGUCAGAACUGAACUCUUUAAAAAAUUCUGUAUCGCAGCUUCAAGUACGAGUAUUCUCCAGCAUCAGUCAACUACAGUCACAGACAUCAAAUUCAGUAAAUCAAAUUUGGUCUGAAAUUAAUUCAAUGAAAAGUUCAAUUUCGCAACAUCAAUCACGCAUUUCUAACCAUGAGAUUUUGAUUUCUACUAUUAGAAGACAGCAGGACAAAGCUAAAGCCAGCUUGGACGCUGCACGAUCUGCACUGUUCCACAGUUCCAGUUACUUUCACGGGAGACGGUAUUUUCUGACUAGAUCUGCGAGUUUCUUUAACCCCAGUUAUGGACAAUCGACCUGCGCAACGUAUGGUGGUUAUCUGACAGAACUCGACUCCCAAAGCGAAUUAAACUUCGUUCGAAGUUUCGUGACUUCAUACGGUUCUUCUUACUUCGCAGUAAUGAUGGGCGCCACGGACGAGGGCCACGAAGGGCGCUGGAUCAACACGCACAGCAGGACCUCCGUCGUUCAUCUCUGGCACCCUAGACAACCAGACAACGCCGAAGGAAGAGAACAUUGCUCUUGUCUUUGGAAACGAUUUGGUUUUGCAAUGAAUGAUUGCCCCUGCUACUAUACUUCCACUGAAGUUGGGUUUCUCUGUGAGAUUCCUGAUUAACCUUUGAUUACUAAAUAAAUUAUUACAAAUC